GGAGUAAUCGAUGCCAUAUACGGCGGCGCGGUACACUCCGUAGUCCGACGCUACCAGCCGGUUUCACUUUACCAUAUUCACAUUAACAUUGGCAGUCGCCUCAUCAAAUCCAUCGUCCAAUACGCCUCCGUCAGUUUUGUAUCUCUCGCUCUUUGUGUCGCGCAAUCCUCAACUCAAUUCCACGCUCGUUCCCCGGUUUCCCCAUGCCUAGCUUCAAGUCCGAAAACGUAACAUCAUCAACCAGCCGCUCGCUAUAAGCCAACACUCGUCAUCAGCUCAUCUUCACGAGGCUUGUUGCUUGCACAAGCCUGUUCCGACCUGUCGGUCAUCCUGCAGCUCGAAAGUCGGUAGAAGAGUUAUGAGCACCACCACAGUGACGGGCACUGGACGCCGUGCGUCCAUACGCCAGCCAAACUGGCCACAGGUUAAUAAGCAAGGUCCGGGCCCUCAGGACCAGAACAGCCCGAUGGACAAAUUCCCUGCAUACGUGGAUGAAGCGUACGAUACCACUCCAAAUGGCAACCAGCGCACCGCACAUUCGGGUUCAGAAGAUCUUUGGCAAAGCCGCAAGGCCGCGGGCCAUGUAAUAUGGGACCCUAGAGCUGCCUCGAAGCAUCGGCCGCGCAAAAGCAUUAGCGAAACAAUAAGCACUAUUCGAAUGCGGAAUUCAAGCAUGAGCGCUAAUGCUCACGAAAUAGCAGAGGCACUUCGAGCACCAGUGUCCUACAAGCUUAUUGGAUUAUGUCUCAUCUGGUACAUGACAUCGGCCGUUACCAAUACAUCUUCCAAAUCGAUCCUCAAUGCACUCCCAAAACCGAUAACGCUUACCAUUAUACAGUUUGCUUUUGUUUCAAUAUGGUGCAUGUUGCUUGCUUACUGUUCAGUUGUUAUUCCUUCAUUGAAGAAGAUGAUUCCAGCGCUUCGAAAUGGCAUAGCACCCCCAUCUCGUGAAGUGAUCAUGACAGCAAUGCCUUUAGCUAUCUUCCAGCUCCUGGGUCAUAUCUUGAGCUCCAUGGCAACAUCUCAAAUACCUGUUUCUUUGGUCCACACGAUUAAGGGGCUCUCUCCAUUAUUUACCGUCUUAGCAUACCGCAUCUUCUUUAGAAUCAAAUAUGCACGAGCGACAUAUCUAUCCUUAAUUCCUUUGACAUUGGGCGUGAUGCUGGCGUGCUCGACAGGAUUCUCUAGCAAUUUUUUCGGGAUCGCCUGUGCUUUGCUUGCGGCCCUGGUGUUUGUGUCCCAGAACAUAUUCUCAAAGAAACUCUUCAACGAGGCAGCCCGUGCUGAAUCCGAACAUAACUUUGUUGGCCGGCGCAAAAUGGAUAAAUUGAACCUGCUCUAUUACUGCUCAGGUUUGGCAUUUCUGUUUACGCUCCCUAUAUGGGUCAUCGCUGAAGGGUACCCUAUGCUAUCCGACUUCCUUAGCAAUGGCGCAAUCACACUUUCUGAAAAGAAAGGCUCUUUAGAUCAUGGCGCCCUUUUCCUUGAAUUCGUCUUCAAUGGCGUUUCUCAUUUCGCCCAAAACAUAUUAGCAUUCGUGCUAUUAUCUAUGAUCUCUCCGGUUUCAUACUCGGUAGCAUCAUUGAUCAAGCGCGUCUUCGUCAUCGUCGUUGCUAUCAUAUGGUUUGGAAAUCACACGACAUCAACUCAAGCUGUCGGGAUUUCCCUUACAUUCCUGGGGUUGUACCUAUAUGACCGGAAUAGUCACGAUGACCUUGCAGAUCAACGAGCAAAUGCUGAUCACUUCAGUAAGCGGGAGACAAUCUUGCCGUUGAACAAGGCCUCUACCCCUAAGACAUGGGAUUCCAACGGCUACGCCUUCCCUCCUGUUAAACCCAUAGAGCGAAUAGAGACCUCGUCUGUGGCCGACGAGAAAAAGGGAGAUGACCGCGCAAGCUCAGUCCGCCCUCGGGGAACAAGCCUCUCUCGAAACUGCCUUCCUCCAGGUACGAAACAAGAGACUACGUGGCAGCUUGGUGAUACUGCAACUUCGCGAUGAAAUGUUAAACACUCUGUUUACGACUUAAUUUCUUGCAUAUUGGUCUUUUUGGCGUUUUGGGGGGAAAAGUCAAUCACCAAGACUUUUUUGAACACUCUUAUUCACAACACACACUUUGUAAUGCCGGAUCCAUUUCAUAUUCUCUUAUGAUUUGCAUCUUCUUCCGCCCCAUUGGAAUUUGUAUAUUCUAGACAAUAAGCUAUCAAUGAUGACAUAAAAGCAAAAUUGAAGAUGCUGGUGGCCUUAAACCCCUGGCGCAGGAUCGCCUUUGAUAGACAAAUCAGCUUGGCAUCAAAGACAUGCAGGAAAUCAAUGCGAUUGUUACACUAAGAAUAAAUAAUUAAUAUAUAUGGUCCGUCAAC